GCAGUGUUUUGCCAAGAGACAGAGGGAAACUGCUUGUUUUCUAAGAUGCUGGAGCUGAGUAAAGUCGGCAGGUCGGGCAGUAGCGGACCUGAGAGAGCGCAGGGGAUCUGCCUGCCCUUCAUCCUCCUGCUGCUCAUGUUCACUCCGAGCGUGGACUCGUCCUGGUGGUACAUUGGUGCACUUGGCGCACGGGUCAUAUGUGACAACAUUCCUGGCCUCGUUAACAAGCAGCGGCAGUUGUGCCAGAGACACCCAGACUUAAUGCAGACAAUUGGUGAGGGAGCCAAGGAAUGGAUUCACGAGUGUCAACACCAGUUCCAGCACCAUCGCUGGAACUGUAGCACACUGGAACGUGACCACACCGUCUUUGGUCGAGUCAUGCUCCGAAGUAGCCGUGAGGCAGCAUUUGUGUAUGCAAUCUCCUCUGCUGGAGUGGUGUAUGCAAUCACUCAAGCCUGCAGCCAGGGGGAGCUCAAGAGCUGCAGCUGUAACACCCACAAAAGAGGAAGAGAGCGUGAUGAGAUGGGUGACUUUGACUGGGGAGGCUGUAGCGACAAUGUGAAUUAUGGUAUCAGGUUCGCCAAAGCCUUUGUGGAUGCCAGGGAAAGAAUGGUAAAAGAUGCCCGAGCACUGAUGAACCUGCACAACAACCGCUGUGGCAGAAUGGCAGUGAAGCGCUUCAUGAAACUGGAAUGCAAGUGCCAUGGCGUCAGUGGCUCAUGCGCUCUGCGGACAUGUUGGCUUGCUAUGUCUGAUUUCCGGCGCACAGGAGACUACUUGAGGAAGAAGUACAAUAUGGCGGUGGAGGUCACAAUGAACCAGGAUGGCACAGGGUUUAUGGCUGCAGACAGGAACUUCAAAGGUACAACCAAAAACGAACUAGUGUACGUGGAAAACUCUCCAGACUAUUGCCUCAUGGACCGAACAGCAGGUUCUCUGGGUACAGCAGGGAGGGUGUGUAAUAAAUCUUCCAAGGGCAUGGACGGCUGUGAAGUUAUGUGCUGUGGCCGUGGAUAUGACACCACACGGGUCAAACGAGUCACCAAGUGCGAAUGCAGAUUCAAGUGGUGUUGCUCAGUGGAGUGCCAAGACUGCGAAGACACUGUGGAUGUUCAUACUUGCAAACCACACAAGCGCCCAGAUUGGCUAGAUCUUACAUGACGCCUGUGUGUGUGUGGCCAAUUAUUUUAAAAAUGUUCUCUUCUCAGGGCUCCCAAGUGGACCAAAGAAUCAGAUGAUGCAUGGUCCUGACUUACUGGUCUCUGUCUGCAGAUUGUUAAUCCUUGUUGGACUUCCAUUGCAAACUGUAAAACUGUUCUUCAUUCUGGAACAUUGCAAGUCUUUGGACAUCACAGGAAUUUUUUUUUUUUGCCAUUGUUGUCAUGGUUUAAUGACCUCAGAUAAGAGCAUAGAAAUUGCUGCACACUUCUUUAAAAUGUACAGACAAAACAAUUUUGACAACUUGUUUGUCAAGAGCUUUGAGUAUUUGUUGUGGAGAAACUGAGCACUACACCCUGGACGCAGUGCAUCAUGAAUAUUAUCAGCAACAACUUCCUGAAAACAGGAUAGAACUUACUCCACUUGCAACUGACUGGAAGCAUACUGUACUGUAUGAUUUGUACAAUAAUAAUAAUAAUAAUAAACAAAUCUGCAGAAGGAGGUCAUACUGGUUAUGUACAUGAGAGGAUGCAGCAUUUAACAUGACACAAUGCUAUAGUUAUGUUUCUUCAAAAUUCUUUCCUUUUUAAUAUAUUUGAC